AGGCUCUUAAAAACAUCCAACUGUUCUGCUCUCUUUUUUCAGACUCAGGUGCCCCAACACAUGACUUUAGAAAUACUUAAGCAGGUCUCCAUGCCCUCCCGUUCCUAGCGGCAUACCGGUGCGAUAAUGACCAUCCAUGUAGAGGGGCUUGUGGCUAUCGCGAUCUUCUAUCUACUGAUCCUGGUUGUGGGCAUCUGGGCGGCAUGGAAGAACAAACACUCCGGGGAGGCGGAGGGGACCAACCGCAGCGAGACCAUCAUGGUGGGAGGGAGAGACAUCGGAUUAUUUGUCGGUGGAUUUACCAUGACAGCGACCUGGGUUGGAGGAGGAUAUAUAAAUGGCACAGCUGAAUAUGUGUAUCUACCUGAUUAUGGCUUGGCUUGGGCACAAGCUCCCUUUGGAUAUGCCCUCAGCCUUGUUGUGGGUGGCCUUUUUUUUGCUAAGCCCAUGCGCUCAAGAGGUUACGUCACCAUGUUGGACCCCUUCCAGCAGAUAUAUGGGAAACGUAUGGGUGGACUCCUCUUCAUACCUGCACUCAUGGGAGAGAUCUUCUGGUCUGCUGCCAUCUUAUCUGCCCUUGGUGCCACUCUGAGUGUCAUUGUGGACAUCAACAUCAAGAUGUCAGUGGUUAUCUCAGCUCUCAUUGCAAUCUUUUACACCCUGGUUGGAGGACUUUACUCUGUGGCCUACACUGACGUGGUGCAGCUCAUCUGUAUCUUUAUCGGCCUGUGGAUCAGUGUCCCUUUUGCUUUGACCAACCCCGCGGUGUCAGACAUCACCGUUACUGCGGUGAAGCAGGUGUACCAGUCUCCUUGGAGAGGCAGCAUCGGCAAGAACGACACCUGGGUCUGGAUCGACAACUUCUGCCUCCUGAUGCUUGGAGGAAUACCCUGGCAGGUGUAUUUCCAGAGGGUCCUGUCGGCCUCCUCGGCCACCUACGCCCAGGUCCUCUCCUUCCUGGCUGCUUUCGGGUGCCUGGUCAUGGCCGUGCCCUCCGUUCUCAUCGGGGCCAUUGGGGCCUCCACAGACUGGAACCAGACGAGUUAUGGGGCCAUCGCUCCUAAAGAUAGGGACCAAGCCGACAUGAUUCUACCCAUCGUGCUCCAACAUCUUUGCCCUCCAUUCGUCUCUUUCUUCGGACUUGGUGCAGUGUCUGCAGCUGUCAUGUCCUCCGCAGACUCAUCCAUCCUUUCAGCAAGCUCCAUGUUUGCCAGGAACAUCUACCAACUUGCUUUCAGACAGUCCGCGUCUGACCGUGAGAUCGUAUGGGUGAUGCGCAUUACUAUCUUUGUAUUCGGUGGCCUCGCUACAUUGAUGGCACUUGUGACCGGGACAGUUUACGGGCUGUGGUACCUGAGCUCAGAUCUGGUUUACGUCAUCAUCUUCCCCCAGCUGAUCAGCGUGCUCUUUAUCAAAGGCACCAACACGUACGGCUCUGUGGCUGCCUACCUGUUUGGCAUGCUGCUGCGUAUAGGUGGAGGUGAGCCCUACCUGCGGAUGCCCCCUUUCAUUUAUUACCCUGGAUGGACCACUGAGCAGAGGAUACACCACAUGACUGGAGAGAUGGAGGAUGUGGUUGUCCAGAAGUUCCCCUUUAAGACCGUCUCCAUGUUGGCCUCCUUUCUGGGUAACGUUGCUGUCUCCUACCUGGCAAAGUACCUGUUUGAGAGCGGCAAGAUUUCACACAAAUACGACUUCCUGGAUGCAGUGGUGUCCAAGCACAGUGGAGAGAUUAUGGAUAAGACGACGCUUGUGACCCGUGGAAACAACAUUGGGCUGUCUGAGAUGGCGCCCGUCAAACCGCGGCUGAGCGUGACCUUGGCGGCGGCCUUCAAACGGCGAGACACACUGGCGGCUGAAACAGUGGAGGAGGAGGAUGAGUCCAGCCCUGAUUCCUCCCACCAUGAUGAAUAAUGACAAUCUCAGGAUGUUAUUUAAAAAAGAAAAAAACUUGAGAGUGAACUGUCAGAGAACUGGUUACUCUGUCUGACCUUCCAAAAAGAAAAAGGACGAGCAAACAUCCGCCCUUGGGACUACAGAAGUACCACAACCAGCAUGUGGUGAUACCAGCCACAUGGCGGAUGUAUAAAGUAGCAGCCUGCUAAUGUCAGGACAUGAAGUUCUCUUUCUGUGAAAUACAUCAAGCAUUCACUCAUAUAGUACUUAGAUAGUAGGGUGUACAGCAUCCGUUUUUAUUGGUCUAUUUAAAGAAAACUGUCUUAAUUUAAAUUAUUUUCUUCCUUAUUUAUCACUAAGAAAAAAGCAGAUCAAACUGGAGGAGACGUGAGUGCAGAUAGAGAUGCUGCAUGCAGUUUCUACAGAGGAGAAGUAGUGCAAUAUUUGAUGAGGUAGGAAAUGGCAAGUAUUUAACAAGAAGCAAGUGAUGGCACAAGCAUAGUUGGAAGGUGGAGGGUUUACUGUAUGUACCACAUCAAUAAAAGCAAUAACACAUACACAUAGUUUGAACGCCUGUUCAAAAUAGGAUUGUGAGAGUGGAAGUAAAAAAGGAAAAGGAAAACAAAAGUUAGAAAAACCGGAUUGUAUAGCUUUAAUGUCAUAUCAAGCCACUGAAAUUAUGUUAUGUGCAGCAAAGAUUUGUAUUAAUGAAAUGAUUGUGUUUUGAUUCGGGAAUCAACUCACACGUAAAUAUUAACCAACACCCUCAACUCAUUAAGUUUGAUACAGUUUUGACAGGCUUAUUCACAAAAACUGGUAAACACACGAUGACUGUGAAUCAGAAAAGAAACAAUCAUUGUAUUAAGCUAAGUAGAAAAUAUACAAGUAGUAAGAGUAGUUGACUUGAAGCAUUAGCUGAUAUUCUCUUUAAUGUCAGGUGUAGAUUUUAUUCAUAACUAUCAGUGUAAAUUAGUGUUUAAAAUGAUCUUAUAUUAAGCUGCCUUAAUGAAGCUCGUAAAAACAGAACAUUGAAUUCCCACAGUUCUGACUGGACUCUGGCUCUGAACAAAGACUUGAAUAUGAAUGUAACCUCUAAGAUAAGAUAAGAUGGUACUUUAUUGAUCCCAAUUUGGAAAAUUGUUUUUGUUGCAGCAGCAUAAAAAGAUCUCAAUAUAUCGAGUAGUGAACUUCUACUGCUGUUUGUGUAUGUUUUGUUUGUGAUUUUGCAAAGUCAAGCAGUAGCUAUUGUAAACAAUGUGGCGGCAGGUCCUGCUUCACGUAUAUAUUCAGCAGUGUACAGAAUAUUUCCACUGUUAAGUGUAUGUUUGUAUAAAUAUGGAGAAUAAUACAUACAUAGAUAACAAAUGAUGCUGUUUAAAAAUGUUCAUAUAAGAUAGAAAGGAUGCUGUCUAAAUGUUUAUUUAUUUUUGAUGUCAUAAAAGAUGAAACAAUAAAAAAAGAACAAAAAUAUUUCAGGAAAAUAUAUAAAUUCUACUUUUGGAAGAUAAAAUUGGUAUGACACAUUUCUUCUG